CUCAAAUAAUAUUUCGAUUUCGAUUUCGAACCACCGUGACAUCGCCAAUCCUUCCCCAAGCUAGUCAGCCACCAUGAACAUGUCCGUGCAUCAAGUCACCUCUGAUUCAAUGGAUACGGGCCUUCGGCAGGCGUGGAGGUUAUCGCAUUUGGCUCUCCAAGUGGCGCAAAGUGGUAAUCAUGUAUUCGCAGAGCGCCUCCACCGAGAGGCCCUGAAACUCAAAGAAACGCACGACCCUAGGGACGUAGUCGGAAUCGCGGUCUCAAAAAAUGCGCUUGGGGAAGCAUUGUACAACCAGGGGAAAUAUAAUGAGGCGUAUGAAGUCCUAAGAGAGAGCUUAGCCAUCCGAUCGGAGCUGCUACAGGGACGUGAUCACCAUGAGUACGAUGCUGCAGUGACCAGGGAAAACUUGGCCCAAACGCUGCAAUCUAUGGGAAAAGUCCAGGAGGCUAGAGACGUAAGGGUUCGCGGAAUUGCUCUUGGUCAACUUUGCUGUUCGAAUUACAAGUGUCCCGGGCAGCUCUUCACCAGGAAUGAGCUUAAACAGUGUGGGGGAUGUGGACUGCCGCAUUAUUGUAGCGUUAACUGUCAGAAGGUGGAUUGGAAAGCCCGCCACAAGGGUCAAUGCAAAAUGCUCCAGUGAGGUCUUCAAGAAAGGAGAACAGAACGAAGCAUAAGUGACGACGAGAUCCAUCAUCGUUUGUUGGGGCUUGUUCGGUGUUGCUGGUCGCACAGAGAUGCGCUUUCUUGUUUAACCUGUG